AUGUUUCGGUCGUGGGGUAUGGAAGUUCUUGUCACUCAGCUGUAUGAUCAAAGCCGGGCAGUAGCCAUGGCAGCCCUCAAUGUGGUUGAUGAAGCAUGUGAAGCACAGGUAUCUUUGCGUCUUCUGCUACUAUUCUGUUUUUAUUUUUAUCUUUCUUCCUCCUCCUUGUCCCACUUUUUUCUUCCUCCUCCUUGUCGCACUUUUUUCUUCCUCCUCCUUGUCCCACUUUUUUCUUCCUCCUCCUUGUCCCACUUUUUUCUUCCUCCUCCUUGUUUUUCUUUUCUCCUCCUUUGUCCCUUUUUUCUUCCCUCCUUGUAUGCUACUUUUUUAUUUUCCUCCUCCUUUUUUUUCUUCCUUUUUUUUUUUUUUUUCCUUUUCCUUGAUACUCACUGUUUUUUCUUCCUCCUCCUUGUCGCACUUUUUUUCUUCCUCCUCCUUGUCGCACUUUUUUUCUUCCUCCUCCUUGUCGCACUUUUUUUUUCCCUCCUCCUUGUCCUUGUCUUUUUUUUCUCCUCCUCCUCCUUCCUUGUCGCAAUUUUUACAAUCCUCCUUGUCGCACUUUUUAUUCCCUCCUCCUUGUAG